UGGCCGCCCGCCCGUUACUCGGACAAGAGCUUGAGAAACUUGUUUUAUCGUGUAACGUUAACUUUAACGGACAACGUAUUGUUCAUCCAGAUGGCUAGACGAAACUUUACGGAUUGUGAAAUUAUCGCCUGAACAACGGACCAGCAGCAGCAGCAGCAGCAGCAGCAGCUCGGUGUCGGUGAUGAACAUGGCGUGUAUUGGGGACGCGGACCCGUUCACCGCGGCGAUACCGGCCACCAAAGUUGAACUCACGAUGUCUUGUAGAAACCUGCUGGACAGAGACACGUUCUCCAAGUCUGAUCCAAUUUGUGUGCUGUAUACUCAAGGAGUAGCCAACAGGGAAUGGAGAGAGUUCGGCAGGACAGAAGUCAUAGAUAACACCCUCAACCCAGACUUUGUCCGCAAAUUCAUGGUGGACUAUUUCUUUGAGGAGAGGCAGAAUCUUCGCUUUGACCUGUAUGAUUUAGACUGCAAGAGCGACAACCUCUCUAAACACGAUUUCCUGGGCCAGGCGUUCUGUACGCUGGGCGAGAUAGUCGGCUCCCUAGGAAGUCGCUUGGAAAAACCUUUGAUUGGGAUCCCGGGGAAGAAAUGUGGCACCAUCAUAGUGCGAGCAGAAGAGCUGAGCAACUGCAGGGAGUCGGUGAUGCUGCAGUUUUGUGGCAACAAGCUGGAUAAGAAGGACUUCUUCGGAAAAUCUGAUCCUUUUCUCGUCUUUUACCGCAGCAACGAAGACGGAUCGUAUACCAUCUGCCACAAAACAGAAGUGGUGAAGAACAAUCUGGAUCCGGUGUGGCAGGCUUUUAAAAUCCCUGUCAGGGCGCUGUGUAACGGAGACUACGACAGGAGCAUUAAGGUGGAGGUGUACGACUGGGACAGAGAUGGAGGCCAUGACUUCAUCGGCGACUUCAGCACCAGCUACAGAGAAAUGUCCAGAAGCCAAUCACAGUUCCACAUCUAUGAGGUGCUAAAUCCAAAGAAAAAAGGAAAGAAGAAGAAAAAGUACCAAAACUCAGGAACGGUCACCCUCCUGUCCUGCCUCGUGGACACCGAGCUCUCCUUCCUGGACUACAUCCGAGGCGGGACUCAGAUUAAUUUCACAGUGGCGAUUGAUUUCACGGCAUCAAAUGGCAAUCCGUCCCAGCCCACCUCGCUCCAUUACAUGAGCCCAUACCAGCUGAACGACUACGCCAUGGCGCUGAGGGCCGUCGGAGAGAUCAUCCAGGACUACGACAGCGACAAGAUGUUUCCUGCCCUGGGCUUCGGUGCCAAGCUUCCCCCAGACGGACGGGUGUCGCACGAGUUCGCCCUGAACGGUAAUCCACAGAACCCGUACUGCAAUGGCAUCGAGGGGGUGAUGGACGCCUAUUACCAGAGUCUCAAAUCUGUGCGUCUCUACGGACCCACCCACUUCUCCCCUGUUAUUAACCAUGUGGCCAGGUAUGCGUCAGCAGUGAUGGACGGCUCGCAGUACUUCAUCCUGCUCAUCAUCUCUGACGGCGUGAUCACAGACAUGGCACAGACCAAGGAGUCCAUAGUCAAUGCUGCGUCUUUGCCCAUGUCAAUUAUAAUCGUUGGGGUUGGACCAGCGGAAUUUGACGAAAUGAUCGAGCUGGACGGGGACGAGGAGAGGAUCUCAUCCCAAGGACGAUACGCCGAGAGGGACAUAGUUCAGUUUGUUCCUUUCAGAGACUACAUUGACCGACGGGGUAACCACAUCCUCAGCAUGGCUCGCCUCGCUAAGGAAGUGCUCGCUGAAAUCCCGGACCAGUUCCUGUCCUACAUGAGGACCCGAGGGAUCAAACCCGGCCCCCUGCCGCCUCCUUACACCACCUGUCCACCACCGGCUCUCCACCCCCUCCUCUGCAGACGGGCUUUCCACCAGAUGUUGGAACCUGCCUGCAGGGAUUUGCUCCCAUUCAACCACAAGAGCCAUCGGUGAGGUCCAACUGAUGUUGGAUGAUCAGGUCUGACUCACAGUCGGCAUUCCAGUUCAUCCCAACGUGCUGGAUGGGGUUGAGGUCAGGGCUCUGAAGAAGGCCAGUCAAGUUCUUGUUGUAAUUUGUAAUCCCUUACACCACUCGUUACUGGGGGAAGUAAUAAAACCCCUCUGUGGAUCAGCUGGAAAAUGCAUCGUCACAAAGCUGAAAACAGGGCUGUUUUUCUGAGCUCAUGAAAAGUUGACUUUUUAGAGAUACGCGAUUCUCACAGGACAGAGACACUAUGUAAGAUAUGAUGAUCUGAUAGAAUAUGAUGCAUUGUUGUAGAUUAAACUACCCAACAGUAUAUAGAAGAAGUUUAAAAAACAUCCACAGCAGUAAAAUGUAACGUGCACAUUAAUGCAGCAGUAAUAUUAAUCCAGAAACAUCAGAUAUAGUAAAACUGACCGGAAACAUUUUGGAAGAAUGAGUACUUUUCAUACUUUAAGUAUGUUUUGCUGAUAAUACUUACAUACUUUUAACCUUUUGAAUGCAGGACUUUUACUUGUAGU